GCAGGCUCGUCGCCGCGGCGCAUCAUUCCGGUCGCCGCUGGCUCAGCUUCCCAUCUCCUCUCGUACCAGAAUCACCACAUACCGGGGUCGAUAUUCUUCAACAUGGACGAGAUAAAAGCUAUUGAAUCUCCUUAUCCGCAAAUGCUUCCCUCAGCUUCACAUUUCGCUAAAUGCAUGACUGAGCUGGGCCUUCGUCCGGACGAUGUCCUGGUGGUCUACGAUACACUGGAGGUGGGACUCUACUCCUCGCCUCGCGUGGCAUGGGCCUGUCGUCACUUUGGACAGCGAGACGUUCACGUCCUAAACAACUUCCCUCGCUACCUCAGCCAGGGCCUUCCUGUUGCUACGGGGACAUUGGCUGUACUGCCCCGUUCUCAACCGGACUAUCCCGUUCACGAGAGAGAUCCACGAGAGGUAAUAUCCUACGACGAGCUGCAUGACCUCAUUCUUUCAAAAAGGGCGCAGGAGGAAUUCCAGAUCAUCGAUGCGAGAAUUCCCGGCCGGUUCUCCGGAGCUGAACCCGAGCUCAAUCCAUCCCUGCGGUCCGGUCACAUACCUUCGGCGCUGAACGUCCCGCUAGCGUCGAUCCUCGGGGAGGACAAGGUUAUACUGCCGGCAGAGGAGCUGAAGGCUCGGUUCCAGACGGCAGGAGUAGAUGGGCAACGACCGGUGAUUCUAACGUGUAAUUCCGGAGUGACUGCGGCCGCGUUGGACCUGGCGUUGCAGCUGAGUGGCUAUGAGAUGGAGCGCAGACUGUACGAUGGGAGCUGGAUGGAGUGGACCCGACGCGCAGAGGACGACCUAGUUACAGUGUCUGAAUAGCUGUUUCUGCAUAGUUCAAAUAAAGACAAUAAAGAUAAUAACCAGAGACAAUGGCGAUUUGUUUAUAGCGUCAUGUGACUUUCUUCCGCCUUGGGAAGGUCCCGUGACUGCGGGGUGCCUGCCGCGAUCGGA